GUCUAUUUCUUCUCGUCCUACAACACCAUCUCUCCGAUUCACUCAUCACAAGACGAGCAACAUGGCGAUAGCAUCUAGCUCAGCAUCUCCGUUGCAUGGAUCGAGUGAUUCAGCCACAUCAGCCAGGCAACCUCUAGCAAACCUGAAUGGGUACGACAUCGUUGCUUCUUACCAUUCUCAAUUAGCAUCAUCGUUCUCGCUACCUCCUCCGAUUGCUUCGAUCUUUGCAUUAUGCGAUUUGAUCACUCAAGUACCCAGCAAUACCACAUCCGAACUAAUCACCCUCUUACGAUCACAUUCAGAUCGAUUGAAACAAUCUCUGCCCAAUCCAAUACCCGCAACGGCCGGAUUGGAUUUAUUUGCCAGGUUGGUAAUUACGAUGAAUUGGGACGCUUCUGCAGAUUUUGCCGUUCAAAAGAAAAAAUUAGUUGAUCUAGCAAGAGAAUUUGCCGAAAAAACAGUACCAAGUUGUCGUGAUAAAAUUACAGAAUUGGCAAUGCCUUUUAUUCGUGAUAAAUCAAUCAUUUUGACACAUUCCUACUCGAGAGUGGUAAUGCAAAUUUUGUUGGCUGCUCAAGCACGUGGAUUGGAUAUCAAUGUCUAUGUCACAGAAUCAAGACCGGGUGGAUUGGGAAUCAAGACGUACAAUGAAUUAACCCAGGCUGGCAUACCUACCACUGUGUUAUGUGAUUCAGCAGCUGCUUUCGUAGGAGAGAAAGUCGACUUUGUUUUAGUGGGUGCGGAAGGUGUUUGUGAAAGUGGUGGUAUCUUGAAUGCGGUGGGUACUUUGGGAUUGGCUUUGGUUGCCAAGUAUUACGGCAAGCCAUUUUACGCAGCAGCAGAGAGUUUCAAAUUCUUGCGGAUAUUCCCGCUAUCGCAAUUCGAUCUUCCUUCUUCCCGACCUACUCUCACAUUCCCUGAUCAAGAAGAAUUAAUAAAUGCAGAUUCACAAAAGCAAUCAACACCCACGAUCGAUAAGCAAAGCACAGCCACCAAUGCCAAGCUCAUGACAUCAGCCAUGGAAGAAAAGAAUCCACAAAUUGAUUAUACAAAGCCUGAUUUGAUUACAUUUAUCUUUUCGGAUGUUGGAUCUUUACGACCAUCAGGAGUAGGGGAUGCUUUGUUAGCUGUUUAUGGUGGAAAUGCUGACUAAGACCACUGUUCAAUGUGUUUCAAUGUAUCAAUACAUCAUUGGCUUGCCUUUAACAGCGAACGUGUGGUUGAAUGAAUGAAUGAAUGCUGA